AUGCUUGUCAUCAUCUUACAUCCUGAGCAAUGGAAUGGCGGCUCGGACCGAUGCAUCAUUGGGAUGAUGAAGCAUUUUGUGUCAAAAGGUUAUCAGGUCAUUUGGUAUACAACUAUGAUUGAUAGCUACUGGAACACUGAAAUAUUCGAAAAUGUUGAAAUACGAAAUGUGCGCUUGCCAUUACAUCCAGGUGAUUGGUGGACUCAAAAUGUGGUACUUGCUUGGCGAUUAAUAUUUUCUGGGCUUGAGCCCGAUCUUAUCGUGAUUGAUCACAGUGCAAGUUGUUUACCGGUACUGAAAUGGCGAUUUCCUCGAGUAAAAAUUUUAUUUUACUGUCAUUUUCCACAACAACUUGUGGCACCAACUAGAUUUUUUCUGUACCGUUGGUACUCACAUCUAAUCAGUAUAAUGGAAAGUUUUCUCUUCCAAAGUGCUGAUGUAAUUAUGGUCAACAGUAAUUUUACAAUUAUAUUAAAACGGAAUUCAAAUUUGAUACCUCGUAUUAUACUUGCUGGUUCUGUAAUGCCACAUAUACCUGAAUCACGCAUUUACUACCAUUUUUUACGAAAAUUAGUACGUGAUGCUGAAGUGGAGGAUAUUGUGGAAUUUGUAACAUCUCCCACUGAUUUCGAGAAGUUUGCUCUUUAUCGAGAAUGUGAUAGCGUACUGUACACGCCACCCAAUGAACAUUUUGGUAUUGUUCCAAUAGAAGCGUUGGAGCAACGCAGACCCGUUAUUGUAUGCAACAGUGGUGGUCCAGCUGAAACUGUACUAGAAGGAAUUACAGGAUCAAAGAAUCAGUUAUAUUUACAGAUCGAUGCACCUAACGAAAAAUUGCUAGCAGAUGCGAUGGAUGCACAUAUGAAGCGAUAUUCUUGGCCUGCGCUCGAUAACGAUGAAAUUUAUAAACUCCAAGUCAGUUUUCUUCAUAUUUUACGUUUUAUAAAAUUGUUUUGUCAUUUUUAUAAUUAA